GCAAAAUAAAGGGUCAACACUGAUGCCGUCCAAUUCGGCUCCACUACAAAGUACUUCUCCAUGUCCCCCACGAUCUUCCCAGCUGUGUGGAGACCCCGGAUUCUGUCCUUAUAUUAUGGAAGUUAUCAGUGAUGAACGUUCAUAUGUUCUUCAGAGACACUCGUUCUCAUGCCGGGUUGCUCUUAUUCCCGCAACCAAGAAAAUAUCAUUAUGUCGGAAUUGACCAAGGCAGAGCUUGGCUUAGAAAAAGGAGCUGCCAGUCAUCAUGAAAACCUUCAAGAUGAUGAGCACUAUCAUACGCUAGGACACGUUCGACUUCGCGACGCAACGACGAAUGAGAUUAUUUUUAUCCCUGCACCGUCGCUCGAUCCGAACGACCCCUUGAAAUGGAAACAAUGGUACAAGACUUGCAUCGCUAUUCUUGUAGCCUUUGCUAUGGUUAUGUGCAAUUUUAUGGCCGCGGGUCCCACAGUGACUAUGCUCACCGUGGCCGAGUCCUUCAACACAACCCCUGCGCACGCCUCGUUCUUUUUCAAUAACAGUGCUCUGGCACAAGGUGUUGGAAAUUUGUUUUGGGUUCCAGUCAUGCUGAAGUAUGGUCGGCGACCAGUUUACAUUGCUAGCUUCUUGAUAUAUUUCUUCAUGAUCGUCGGAUCGGGUGCAGCAAAAUCCUACGGUACAGAGAUUGUGACUCGGCUUCUCCUCGGCUUUGCAGGAGGUGCUGGUGAAUGUCUUGCGCCAUUGACGAUUACGGAUAUUUUCUUCCUCCAUGAGCGCGGCUUAUUCAUGGCAGCUUACAAUGCUGCACUAUCCGGUGGCGUGGCAUUUGGAUCAGUUAUCUCCGGAUUGAUUGUUAUCAACUACACCUGGCGCACAAUAUACUGGGUUGGUGCUGCAUUGGUUGGUGCCACUCUCCUGGUCGUUGUGUUUUCCUUCCCCGAGACUGCAUUCGUUAGAUACAACAAUCCUUUGAAUCAGGCAGGAAAGGCUGCCGAGAGCGAGACGGAGCAAAAUCAGCAUGAGGUACCUGCUAUUCCGCCAAAAAAGUCUUACGGGCAAACUAUCAAGCCCUGGGAUGGUCGCAAAUACACCGACGAGCCUUUGUGGCAGAUGAUGAUCCGUCCACUUGGCCUGAUAAUCUUGCCUCCCGUUUUUUGGGCUACAAUGGUCAUGUCCGUUACUAUUGGAUUUUUGGUAGCCAUUUCUUCCAAUAUUGGAAGCGCAUUCAACUCAACCUAUGGCAUGGAGCCCUGGCAAAUUGGACUGUGCUAUAUCGCCAACCUUCUUGGGUGUGCCUUGGGAAUUGUGCUUGGCGGACCAUUCUCUGAUUGGGUUGCCGAUUAUUUCACUAAGAGAAAUGGCGGCAUCCGUGAGCCAGAAAUGCGUCUCCCUGCUAUAGUGCUCACGAUAAUCGCAUCGCCCUUGUCUCUCAUUCUCUACGGAGUUGGCAUUCAGAACAAACUACACUGGAUGGUUCCGACAGUGGGCUUGUUUUUCAAUGCAUUUGCUGUCGUCCAAGGAACCAAUGUUUCUUUCACUUAUUGCAUCGACGCCUACCGCCCCGUGGCAGGCGAGGUGACUGUGACCCAGCUUGCCUUCAAGUCCUGCUUUGGUUUCCUGCUUUCGUUCUACACCAAUGUCUGGGUCGAGGAAGGUUAUGCUCUCGCUUACGGUGAAAUGGCAGCCAUCUCAGGUGGAUGCCUUUUGCUCUCGGUUCCAAUGUACAUUUGGGGUAAGCAGAUGAGGGUUGCUUCGAUGAAGUGGAGGGUGGUGCAGUUCAUCACUUGGGAUGACGAUCGGGAAGUCGGCGAGUAG